GACACACUCAUAGUCUCGUGUUUUCUAGAAGUUUAUUUAGAAAUUUGUUGUGAACGUAUUAGCCUACAGGGGUUUUCUAUCCAAAACCCUCCAAGAUCGACGGUCUCCAAAACAAUUUGCUUCUCUAUUCGUCAGCUUUGCCAAUGUCGGAGACGAUCCUCGGUUCAGAGAUGCCAUUGACUUCGUCCUCGUCGAAUCCAUCAUCCCGUAUAAUUUGUCGUGUAUGCGAAAAACAAUUCUCACAAUAUACUUGCCCUCAGUGCAAUAUGCGUUAUUGUUCCCUUCCAUGUUACAAGUCUCAUAGUCUUCGCUGCACAGAAUCAUUUAUGAGGGAAAAUGUAAUGGAGGAGCUGAGGCAAUUGCAACCUGAUGAUGAAAACAAACAAAAAAUGACAGAAAUACUUAAACGAUUCCAUUCAGAAAAGGAGAUGGAUAGUUCAGAUGAGGAUGAGUCAACUCUGUCAGAGGAGACGACCCAAAAGAUUCUGGUUGGGAAUCAAAUUAGUCUUGAUGAUUUAUCUGUGGAGGAAAAGAAACGUUUCCAAAGAGCAGUGGCUUCUGGAGAGUUAAGCAAGCUGAUUAAGCCAUGGGAUCCUUGGUGGUUGAAACUUCCCGCCAGAACAAUAUCUCUCAGCCAGGAAGGAACCCAACUUGUUCAACCACUUGUCAAGCAUAAAAUGGUGGUAUCACAGCAAGAUGAUAUGGAAAGUGAUCAAUUGCAUGACAUUCCACCUGGCCCAGAAACCCCUCUUCCCCCAGUUAGCAAGCUUAGCUCCACCGAACCAUCACCCCUGUUAGCAGUUCACCUAGUUGACAUCAUAUAUAGCUACUGUUUCACCCUUCGCCUUUACAAUGGAGAUUGGCAAUCAGAUGGCUUAGGAUCAGCAAUGAUGGUGUUAAGUAUAUCUUCUGUUCUGGGUAAAGGUGCGCAGCCAGAGACACUGUUGGAAGCUUUGUCUCAUUGUUUGGAGCAAACUUGCUCUCCAGCUUUCAGACACAUGGGUGGCUUGCAAUUUGGUUUGGGGCUUAUGGAUGAUGUAAUAAGCCUACUCUCUUUGGGUGGUGCUGCUUUAGUCUGCAUGCUUUGUGAUCUGCAGAGGCUUAUUCAGACUGCAGAGAGGGAACUGAAGUCAGAGAAACAACAGAAGUCGAAAAGGUUGGAACUGAAGAAUAAGCUAAAGUUGGUUCAGAGGAAAGUGUAUUUCAUUAUGUGUUGGGUUCACAAGCAGCCAGGAGAAGCUUGGUCUUCCUUAGCGGCCAUUGUGAAGGUAGAACAGCGUUCAGCUAUGGAACACGGAGGCAAUAAAAUAGGUACUAUGAGGAUGGAGGAUAAAGUGGAAAGCAGGGGCAAGCCUUUGAUUAAGGAACUUCAAUGAGUUGCAAUGCCCUAUGAUUCUCCAUUCUUCUUGCUUACAUUUUCGUUUCGUUCUUUCUUUCCUUCUAAUUGAACUGUUUUGCCGGUGAAUGAGUCUAGUAUGAAAACCUGUAAAAGUGUUGUAGAUUUUGUUUGUAGUCCUUGCAUAUUAUGAUGAGUUUAUACAGUUGAUAUUUUG